AUGGGACAUGCUAUUCACCAGUUCAAGGCUCUGUUUUGGAAGAAUUGGCUCUGCCGUGUGAGGCAACCGGUCCUCUCUCUCUCUGAAAUACUCUGGCCAUGUGUGCUUUUCUUCAUUCUGGCUGCAAUCCGCUUCCAGGAGCCUCCAAAAUACAAGGAAAAUUGUUACUUGGAAGCUCGGGAUUUGCCAAGUCGGGGCCUUUAUCCUUUUGUGCGGACUCUUUUUUGUAAUGUUGGUUCAAGAUGCAGGAAUACCAGUUACACAACACACAAAACCAGCCGUUUACGUACUUCUGGUUUCCAAGGUGGUCCAGAAAGCUUUAUAGGACCUGAUCUAACUUUCAUGAAAGAGAUACAAGAUCUUGCAAAGGGAUUUAUUGAGACCACAGAGAAAGCCAUGGCUUUAGAAGAACUAUGGGAAGAAGACUCAAAGCUUUCAGGGCUCCAUAACAGCACCACUCUUCUAACUGUGAAUUUGAACGAAGCAGAGGCAAUGAUUUCUCAAAUAGAAAAUCUAUACAAGCAACCACAUUUUUGGGACCUUCUGCAUUUACUCCCUCAGCUUAAAUUGAGCAGCUUCUACACAGAAGAUGGGUUAGGUGCAAUAGCACAGUUUCUCAAAGCUAUUAAAAAUACCUUUGCUUCCUUGGAAGAUUUAGCUGUGAUGCCUUUGGGCCAGAGUUUCUAUGAAGUGGUGAAAAUAGUACUGAAUUUAACUGCUGCCUCAGUGCACUUUGUGCAGGACAGGAGCUUGGAAGGCUUUCAAUAUAAUCUUUCUCUGUGGGACGUGCUAUGGGAUCCACAUGUUGUCAGAGUGGACCUUAAAUCCAAGUUUGGUUUAGAUGACCAUCGUAUUGAGAAACUUCUAAGUUAUGCAUCACUGCUACCUGAAGUUCCCACAGAAGAGACACUGGGGCAGUUUGUUUGCUCUGCCCUGUCCAGUGUGCCAGGUAAUGAAACAAGUGGAGAGAAUAAUGAUGAAGGCUGUAUUUCUGUAUGGCGUGAGACCAAAGUCUAUCUUGUCCAUGCUGUCAGCAAGCUGAGACUCUAUUCACAGGUAUAUCAUCAAUGGUUCAACAGUCUCCAGUUUCAGAAGCUUCUUUCUGAACUUGAAGGAAUGGUAGCUAACUUACUGUCUCAGUUUCUAGAUGACAAUAAAGCCACAAAAAUUGUUUCAGGGAUAAUCACCCUGAUCCUGCAAUGGAAUGAGAAAUCAGAAGCCUAUUUUUCAGAAGGGCAUGAUACAUCUCAUGAUAUGAUCUUGACAUCUUUCAAGGAGCUUUUAAAGAGAGAAGAAAACUUAUGGAUUUUUGGUGAAAAGGAAAUCUCCUAUUUCUUAUACCUUACAGAAUUCUUAGAAGAAAUCAUGGUGCCCAAUUUCUCAGCCCCAUCAAAUCUCCAGUCUCUUAUAGAAACUAUCUUGAAUAAUACUAUUGCAUGGUUAAACAGUUUUGCUGAAGGAGAGGUAUCAGCCACAGAUUUCACACUUGCAGUUUCUGAACUCCAUAAUGAGCUACUAAAAAACUUCCAGCUUCUUCAGAGAUUCUGGCAGAAAGAGAACAUGGAAUUUUUCUGGCAAAUGGUGAAAAUGACGUGGUAUGAACUUGCUUCUAGGCUGUCUCAGUUAAGCCAAGUGGAAGAAGCAGAGAUAUUGGAGCCCUUAUCUAGAACUAUGUUUUUCAUACCAGAAAAUGAAAAAAUCCUUAAUAGAAGCAUACUUUUACUCCAAAAUGUUCUGACUGGUUGGCCAAAUUUAAAUGUGGUUGAUAUGAGCUAUCUAAAACACUUAAGUGAAGACUUCAUAAGAAAUCUCUAUGAGGUUAGAUCAUUGACUGAAGAUCAUCUUAAUACAAAUUUCAGUACAAUUCACGGAGUGAGUAAUGCCUCCUCCUUCUCACUCUCAAAUGUAACUCUUUUAUAUAAAGCACAAGAGUUUGAAGAAAUUGUAUCAGAUUUCUUUAAAGACAUCCAGAAAUUAAACAAUGGUAUUGUGUCCUCAUUUGUGCAAAUACUUCUCUCGGUUUAUCAGAAUGUUGAUCUGCUCUUAAAUAUUGAGAGCAAUGAUACUCUAACAUUUCUUUAUGAGACCUCGGAAGAUAUUUUAUCUCUUCAAGUAUGGCGUGAUUUCCAAGAUAGGGACAAAGUUUUUGAUCUUGUGUCUGAAACUUUUGAUCUUCUUUGGAACUUCUCUGAGAAGCCUCUCUGUGAAAAGAUAUUAACCAUUUUUAACUACACUGAGUUUCAGGCCCAGUCUCUAGCACAGAAAGACAGAGAGAUGCAAGUUGUUUAUAACACUCUGAGCAGCCUUAAAACUUUAUUUAUGGAUGAAGAGCUCCAAGCAGCUGCCUCUUGUUAUUUAGAAGAAUUCUUUGGUGUCUCGGCAGAAUGCAUGGUAAAUAAUGGAUGCACUGAUUUUUAUUUCUCAAACGCUACUUCUGUAGAGAAUUCAGUAGAGGUUUAUGACUUCCUUCUGCUUCCAUUGGACAGUAUUUUGUCUAACAUAACAAAGUUGGGAGAUGAGAUAAAUGUGCCUUCUGCUUUGUACUGCACUUUUGUAUGGCUUCAAACCUGGACAGAGGUUUUUGAAGAAGCGUCCAAAGUUUUAAGUUUGAAUUCAACCUUUUUUGUCAAUCUAAGAUAUAGUUUGGCAAAUGUCUCUGAAGGUCUUUUAAAUACAACUCAUACUGAAAUAUGCAAUAAGACAACUAUGCUUAUUGUUGAAGCUACAACAGCAAUGCAUCUAUUGAAAAGUAUUGUUGAAGGUGGUGAUUUAAAUGAUUGGAAAGAUUUUGAAGAUCUCAUUACUAAUCUCCAAAGUGUACUUAACAAUGCAAUUGAUGUCACAAGCUUGCUUACAGGUAACAAUUUAGAGGAUGUUCUGGAAAUUAUGGAAGCUGUGAUAACUGAAUUGCAGGAGUCUGUAUUGAAGGCUGUUAAUGGAAAUUCUUUGAAUUCUUGGCUUGAUACUUUCAUCUCAGGAGGCUCUGAGGGACAGGGUAAGGAUGCAAAUAUAUAUUCAAUUGGAAACUCACUUUCUACUAUUCUCAGGCUCUCCAAAGAAGAACUUGGAAUUAUUCUUAUGACGAUAAAAGACACAACUGCUUUCUUAGAAAGUAUAUCUCAAGACAAAUACUUGGUUUGUAUCAACACUUUCCAGAAUAUUACUAAAUUAAUUUUGGACAAUAUUCUGAAAGGCAGAAGUCAUUCACAAAUUUAUCUUUUUCCUCAUCUUAAUUCCUUUCUGAACUUCAGUACAGUGGGUGAAGCAGAAGAUUGUAACAGAUGGAUGCAUAUCCUUAGUAACCUUAGUGAAAAAUACAAAUCGCCUUCCCACCUUGAAAGUGCAAAACAUACUCUAUUUCUGCUGAGAUCUCUGGGAAACACAGAGACAGAUGUUAAACUAAGAAACAUGGUAGAUUUUGUUAAUUUGGUUUUUAAUUUGGUAUUCCCUGAAUGUUCCCUAUCUGCCUCUCAUGUUCUUUGUGUAAAUGUCUAUUUUAAUAUUAUAACAAAAACUUUAAAAUCAAUUAUUUCUGAAUUUUAUGGAAAAGAUGUUGUUAAGGUGCUUGACUUUAUUUUUACACUUGCAAAUAAUUCAGGGGGGCAAAUACCAAUGCUUGUCAACAGUUUAAUGGGACACUUGCAGUAUACAUCAAAUGAGACCCAUUUUCAGUCAAUCCAUGGAUCUUACAGGAAUUCCAGUGUACUCCUUAAUCCCUUUCAUCAUCACCAGCUUUUCUUAACAGAAUUCUUGGCAGAAAUUCAAACUUCCCUAAAAAAUAAAACUUCUGAUAUUCAGCAAAACAUUUCCUCUCCUUUGAAUACUGAGCUUGAAGGUUUCCUGCAUGAGAAAAAUAUCAAUUUAUUGAUGCAAUUCUUUCAACAUAUGAAUAGUUACCUUGACUCAAAGUUGCCUCAUAAAUUGCAAGCAGAAUACAACACAGCUCUUCAGGCAAUGAUAAAAACGGCAGCACUGAAUGCUGAACUGGUAAGGAAGGCACUCAAAACUUUCAAGUCUUCUACCCUUAUUACCUUUCCAAUAAAAGGUGAUAAAGAAUUCCUAAAGCAUGUAGUCACUUUGGUGCGAAGUCUGGAAAAAACAGAUGUAGAGUUCUUGAUAGGUCAAUUCAAACAAGUCCAGUGGAGCCUGGAACGUUUAUUUAAAAGUAUCAAAUCUUUGUAUAUUGAGAACUCUGAGUUAGGAAUGUUACCAGACUGGUGGGACACAUUUGUGAACAAUUUGUGUAACUGGAAUCUGACUAGUUUCAGGCAGCUGGCACAGCUGUUGCGACAGGAUGAGCUCUCUGAUGUAGUAGAGGUAUUUCAUCUUCUCCGUGAUGUCAUCAGCCUUACAGAAGGAUUAGCUCAUGGAAACAUCACAGAGGCACUAACAGAUGUAUACACUUUCGUACUGACUCAGGAAGCAAAAAUACCAAUGUUUACCAAGGAAGAACUAUCUAAUCAAGUAGAAAGUCUUUUGAUGUUACUGGAGGCACUUAGUGACACGACUGAUGAACCUACAGAGGCCUCAAUUUGUAGUUCUGCAGCAUUCUGCUGGAUGCUCACAACAGCAGCACCUCAAAGUGAUCCUGCUUUUAAACCUUGUGAUUUUGUGCACAGCAAUUUUUCUCUUGCUUACAAUGGAGUCAUUAAUGUAAUUAAGCAGCUGAAAAUGAUCCCUGCGGAGGACAGUUCCUCAUGUACCAGGGAAGACUUUCAGACAGAUGUCAUUCACAAUUUGACUUGCUUUUUUCAUCAGGUCAAAGACUGGAACUCUCUUCUUCUGAAGUUUUCUAAGUUGUAUCAUUUAAAUGACUCAGUUCUCAAAGAACUGCUAGAUUUUUGGAAUGAACUAGCUAGCUACGCUGUACCUCUGCAGGCCAAUAUUACAGGCUCAGUCAAAUGCUUGUCCACACUGAAGAUGCAGGUUGCUUUACAGCUUCUAGAAAUGCUGGAAAAUAUGAAAGCAACAGAAAUGGAGGCAGCCAAAGCUAUUCUUGAACAGCUGGAUGAUCUUUAUGGUGCCCUAAAUUUGAGUGGAGACAGAAAAUCAUCACUUACAAGGACUAUUCUUUCUAACUUUAAGAACAUGACUAAUGAAGUGUUUAGAUUGCUAGAUACAGAAACUGUCCUUUCUUUUUUCUCUGUAGUUCAGCCUUUAAUAACACUAUCAUCUGUUGGAAAUCAGACUUACUCAAUGCUUACGGCAUUAUCUGCUUUAAGUAGAAAUGAGCGUACAUCUGAUAAUUUUGAGAAUUUUUGGCUUCAUGCGGAGUCUAGUAUAGAAAACUUAUUGGUGAAUUUUAAUGUUAGACAUUUACUUACAGUGGUAGAACAAGGACUUCUGAUAUUAAGGGCAGCUGCUGGACAGUCCUCUUCAGUGGAUCUUGAUGUUAAAAUACAGCAGUUCAAUACAUCAUCUGUUGAUGCUAUGUUAAGAAACUUUGAAGACUUGCAAGAGAUUGUGAACACCUUUCUAUGUGAGUGUAACACUAAAAAUUACUCUAAAAUAAUGCAUAUUCUUAUCUUCCUUAUGGCUAAUGAAAAGUCAUCACAUGAUCUACUGCUGAUUGUCAAAGAAAUUAUUGACUUUCUGGAACUCUUCCAAAAUGAGUCUAAAGAAGGUUACAUAGAAAUGUUUUAUGAUGAUGGUCUUAACAGAGAAAACCUGAGUAAUACUAAUAUUGCUGACUUAGUCUUGCAGAACGGUCUGCUUCGUAUGAUUGCUGACCUUGCUAUUAUAGAAGAAGCUCUACACUCAAAUGAUACAGAGCUUCAGAUAAUUGACCUAAUUGAUCUAUUUUUUGAUGAUACACAACAUGGAAACUAUGGAAAAGCUGCUAAUCUGUUCCAGAACAGAACUCUUGAGAUCGUGCAACAGGUCUUGCAAACAUUCUUUCCAUCUCCUACAGAACAUGACAGGAACAGAAUAGACUUCUUGCUAAAGUAUUUGCAUGAGGAUAUAACAGCAGAUAUGAGAUCAUUUAAUAUGUGCCAGAUUCUUCAGAAACAUUUACCCCCUGCUAUUGUCCUACUAUUGCAGAAGCUGCAGCUUACCACUCUGAAUGUUCUUGAAGUCUUUUCAGAAGAACCAACUAUCAUCAGCAACUUCUUCUGUGUUGCUACAAGGUGUAAAGAUGGCUUAAUGAGUCACUUCCUCCUCUCUGUCAUUGAAGAAAUCAUUCUGGUUCAAGAUCAUUAUCAGGGUGUUGCAAGAACGUGGUCUGCUUCCAACAAGGAGAAUUGUGAGAAUAUGGCAUACAUAAACCAGAAAUUUUCUAAUAAUCUGGAAAGCCUCCUGGGAGCCUUACAAAAUACCACCGAUGGCAGCUGUGAAUGCCACCUACUGUUAGAGAACGUCCAGAGACUCUUGCAAAUGUUGGCUGAAAAUUGGGAGCCGCUGUUGUCAGAAAAUCCAGCAGUAGCUGUUUUCAGCAGGUUUAAUCCUUUGAAUGAUGUAAAAGUCAAAGACUGUGUGCAGAAUACUACUAAGCUGGGGCAGGAUAUUCGUUCUUCUAUCAACAUUUCUGAAGAAACUCUCAGGACUGUUCUGGAAGCUAAUCUAUCUAUUUCAAAGUUUUUUUACAGUGCCUUUGUAGCAGCUUUAGCUGGAAGAUGUGAUGAAGAAGUAUUUAGCCUGUUGCUAACAUUACCUGAAAACAGCAAAACUUCCCUGGUCGUAGAGGAAUUAUGUUCUUUACCAGCACAGGACUUGUAUACCAUGUUCGUACUGAUUAUACAGAAUUUGAAUAUACGUCAUAUCAUUUACAAGAUUAAGAUACCAUCUGAGAUAGGCAGUUUACUGAACACAUUGCUGGAUGUGGUUUCCAGUGUCAGCUCUCUUCUUGGCCAAGCCCAGCAUGUCAUGGAAAACCUUCCGGUGUUCCUUGAAGCUGUUAAAAACAUUGGUGUGGUUGACAUCUCUGCAUUGCAGCAGUUCUUACAAGGUGGGCAGUACAGGCGUUCAGCUGUUGGAUCCCUGGAGUCUGUAAUCAAGGCAGUGUGUAAAGGAGAAUCUUCAUUUUUCAGCAAUACAAACAUGUUCGUUGACAUGCCAAGAAUCACAGAGCUCUUGGAGGACAAUAUGGCAAAAUAUGGCAUUCCUGAAGACUCAACUCCAUUUUGCUUGAAGCUUUAUCAGGAGAUUCUACAGUCUUCUAAUGGGGCUUUGGUAUGGACUUUCCUGAAACCUUUAUUACACGGGAAGAUUCUGUAUAAUGCAAACAUCAAUAUGAUUGACCUGGUGAUAAAGAAGGCCAAUUUCACUUUUGCUUUUGUGGAAAACUUGAAGACUUAUUCUCAGACAUGGCUUAGGAUGUCUGAGGUUUUCAAAAAUGGUGGAAAAGGCCUCAUGAUCUCUCGGCUGCAGGAAGCACUGCAAAACCGUUUCAUAAGACACUUUGUAGAAAGUCAUUUGAAUAUGGACAUGGGAAAGCUUAUUGAAAAGUUGCAAGCAUAUGAAACUAUGUUGGACAAGAUGCUCAACAGCUCAGCAGCUAAGCAGAUUGACCUGUUGUCACAGCUCUUAGUAAAUAUCUCUUCCUGUGUUUUACUGGAUCGUUUCCAGCCUUUUGAAUCUAUUGAGAAAUUGGAGGAGAAAGCUCGUGAGCUCAUGCAGCAAAAUAAUUUUUUGGCUAGUAUCAUCUUCAACCUGCCAAACAACAAGACCCAAGAUGCUAGAAAUCUUCCGCAACAAAUUUCGUAUACAAUUAGAACCAGUGUUCUCUAUAGCAUGAGAACAGAUUUGAUAAAAAACCCAAUGUGGAAAUCUCAUCCCCAGAACUUGCCAACUGAUGGGUUUAAAUACAACCAUAUCUUUAUUCCUCUACAAGACAUGAUUGAAAGGGCAAUUAUUUCAGUACAAACUGGGACAGAUAUCUUGGAGCCAGCAGUUCAGGUGCAAGCCAUGCCUUACCCUUGUCAUACCAGUGAUCUAUUCUUGAACAAUAUAGGGUUUUUUUUCCCACUUAUGAUGAUGUUAACGUGGAUGGUAUCUGUUGCUGGCAUGGUUCGCAAAUUGGUUUAUGAGAGAGAAAUUCACCUCGAAGAGUAUAUGAAGACAAUGGGUGUACAUCCAGCCAUUCAUUUCUUGGCUUGGUUUCUGGAGAAUGUCACCGUACUCACGAUAAGUAGCUGUAUUCUUGUUGUCAUUUUAAAAGCGAGUGGAAUCUUUGCUUACAGCAACAGCUUCCUCAUCUUCCUUUUCCUUCUGGAUUUUGGAGUGGCAGUUAUUAUGUUUAGCUAUCUGUUGGGAGCAUUUUUUCGCAGUGCCAGCACAGCAGCUUUGUGUGCCAGCCUUGUGUAUAUGAUCAGUUUUUUACCCUACAUAGUUUUGUUGGUCCUGCAAAACCAGCUGAGUUUUGCCAGCCAGAUGGUUACAUGUCUUCUGUCUACAACUGCUUUUGGGCAAGGAAUAUUUGUCAUUACAUAUUUCGAGGGCCAAGAAAUAGGAAUUCAGUGGAAUAAUAUGUACCAGCCAGUAGUACGAGGAGGAUACGUGACCUUUGGAUGGAUGUGCUGGAUGAUAUUCUUUGACUCCAUUUUAUAUUCUGUGGCUGGCUGGUACUUCAGCAAUAUUUUGCCUGGAAAAUUUGGAAUAAGGAACCAAUGGUACUUUCCUUUUACUGUUUCCUACUGGAAGAACCUGUGUGGAAAGAAACAUUAUCUGAAUUCUGAUAUGUUUUUCUUCAAUGAAAACUUCCAAGCAAAAGACCCACGACCUCCAGAUGGGAAAGGUGCUAGCACUGAAGGAACCACCAUCGGUGUUGUGCUGCUGUCACUCACUAAGGAACAUGUGGAUGGCCAGCAGGCGGCUGUGAAAGAUCUCAGCCUCACUUUCCAUCAAGGUCAAAUAACAGCACUCUUGGGGCCUAAUGGAGCUGGAAAGACAACAGUUAUUUCACUGCUGACUGGCCUGUAUCCACCCAGCUCUGGUACCAUUAUCAUCAAUGGAAAGGACAUACGUACUGAUCUGGCUGCCAUCAGGACAGAGCUGGGUGUUUGCCCCCAGUACGAUGUGCUGUUCGACACGCUAACUGUGCGAGAACAUCUACUGCUGUAUGGAUCAGUGAAGGCACCCAUGUGGACAACAAAACAGUUGAAUCAAGAAGUCAGUGGAGCUCUGGAAGAUGUGAAUUUAUCCCAACAUCAGUACAAACUUGUUGGAGCCCUUUCUGGAGGGAUGAAAAGGAGGCUGUCAAUUGCCAUCUCCUUUAUUGGAAACUCCAAGACAGUUAUUCUCGAUGAGCCCACCGGUGGAGUUGAUCCAUGCUCUCGCCGUAGCAUCUGGGAUGUUCUUGUGAAGUACAAAGCUGGUUGCACACUGAUCUUUAGCACUCACCAUCUUGAUGAGGCAGAGGUGCUCAGUGAUCGCAUUGCCAUCCUGCAGCAUGGCCAGCUGAGGUGCUGUGGUUCUCCCACUUAUCUGAGAGAAACAUAUGGCCAGGGACACAGUCUAACACUCAUAAAAAAGCCUUCUGUGUUUGAAAUUCAAGAUCAUAAGCAUGUUGUUCAGGUCACAUCUUUGGUACAGACCCAUAUUCCAGAAGCCUUCCUGAAAGAGAACAAUGGGACUGAACUGACCUAUGUGAUCCCAGAAAGAGUAGAUAAGACCUCCUUUAAAGGUCUUUUUCAGGCUUUAGAUGAAAACCUUCAUCAUCUACAUGUGACUGGCUAUGGCAUUUCUGACACCACCUUGGAAGAGGUAUUUCUGAAGUUACUGCAAGACUCGGAAAAGAUGCCACGUGUUCUACGAGCAGCAUGCAUGGACCAUGCAGAUGGUGUUGACUCAGCCUAUAUCUCACUUACGCAUGCCUUGAGUGUGCGUGGAGCCAGUCUUGUUCUCGUGCAAGUUGUUGCCCUUCUGAUGAAGAAGUUUCACCAUGUUAGGCGAGACUGGAGAGGGAGUCUGUCAAAUGUUCUGCUGCCUGUUCUCUUUGUUGCAAUGGCAAUGGCCUUGUUUAGUGUGAAGCCACUGGCUAUUGAUUACCCUUCGCUCAAGCUGACACCAGGACUUUAUGAGAAAGCAGAAUCCUUCUUUAGCACUGAAGAUGAUAACCUAGGAGACCUUUCUCAGAUCCUACUGAGACAUUUCUCUGAUUUGGACCACACAUGUAUACAUGCACAACAAGGGAAAAAUAAUUCAUGUUGGCAGAUGGAAUCUACUUCACACCAAUAUUCAUGUGGUUGUGUGGCUGAGCAGGUGAUGUGUCCAAGUCUCAAUGUCUCUGCUCCCUAUAUGAAGAAUAAGAAAGGAUAUAUUCUGUAUAAUCUUUCAGGGUUCCUUGUGGAAGAAUAUUUAGUCAGGCCUUCUAACAAACCAAGAUAUGGUGGCUGGUCUUUUGGAGAGAAGACAGCCUUUGAACUUCAAGAUCUAAAAUCGAAUAACACCAAAUACAAGCCUCUGGCCAAGGUAUGGUAUAACCAAAAAGGUUUCCAUUCACUGCCAUCCUACUUAAAUGAACUAAAUAACUUUAUUCUAUGGCUGAAUUUGCCUCCUGCUGUGGACUGGAGAAAGUAUGGGAUUACACUUUACAGCCAGCCCUAUGGGGGAGCCUUCCUGGAUGAGGACAAAAUAAUGGAGAAUGUUCGUCAGUGUGGGGUAGCGCUGUGUAUCAUGUUGGGUUUCUCUAUCCUUACCGCAUCCAUUGGAAGUGCAGUAGUGAAAGACAGAGUAUCCGGUGCAAAACGCUUGCAGCACAUCACAGGCCUUGGAUACAAAACCUACUGGCUUGCGAACUUCUUCUGUGAUAUGCUGUUUUACAUGGUUCCAGUCACCCUGUGUGUUGGUGUUAUUACUGCCUUCCAGCUAUCAGCCUUCACUUUCCGAGAGAACUUGGCAGCCACUGUUCUCCUGCUGAUACUCUUUGGAUAUGCAACUUUGCCAUGGAUGUAUCUUGUAUCCAGAUUCUUCUCAAGUUCAGAUGUGGCUUUUAUUUCUUACAUCUCCUUAAACUUUGUAUUCGGCCUUUGCACCACGCUAGUGACGCUCUUACCUCGUUUGCUAGCUAUAAUUUCUAAAGUGCAGCGUUUUCAGAACAUCUAUGAUAUCCUCAAGUGGGCAUUUAUUAUAUUCCCGCAAUUCUGCUUAGGGCAAGGUUUGAUAGAACUUUCCUAUAAUCAGAUCAAGUUUGACCUGACCAGCAGCUUUGGAAUAGAUUCUUAUGUGAGCCCUUUUGAGAUGAACUUCCUUGGAUGGAUUUUUGUGGAACUGGCCCUACAAGGAACAGUUCUUCUUCUUUUACGGAUUUUUCUUCAUUGGGAUCUCCUUCAGAAAACAAGGGGUCGAUGUUCAAGUAGCAGCAUGAUCAACACUUCAGAAGAUACUGAUGUAGAAAUGGAGCGGCAGCGACUCUUUGGUGGAAGAACUGGUAAUGAUAUCCUUCUUCUGUACAACCUCAGGAAGUGUUACGGAGGUUUCAGUAGGAAGAACGCGGCUGUGGAAAGCAUAAGCCUGGGAAUACCAAGGGGAGAGUGCUUUGGACUCCUGGGAACAAAUGGAGCUGGGAAAAGCACAACAUUUAAGAUGCUGACUGGAGAUAUCAUUCCAUCUGCAGGGCGUGCUGUUAUCAGGACUCCUACAGGAUCUGAAAUGGAUAUACUGUCUGCUAGCUCUGAAGGCAUUCUCAUUGGCUACUGCCCACAGCAAGAUGCCCUGGAUGAACUUCUAACUGGUCGGGAGCAUCUUCAUUACUACUGCACCUUGAGGGGAAUUCCCAAACAAUAUAUCUGUAAGGUAGCAGGGGAUCUUGUUAACCGUUUACAUCUCCAUGCCCAUGUUGAUAAACUGGUGAGGACAUACAGUUGUGGUACAAAGAGGAAGCUCUCUACUGCUGUGGCUUUAGUUGGCAAGCCCCAAAUACUUUUAUUGGAUGAACCCAGUUCUGGGAUGGAUCCCUGCUCUAAACGCUACCUUUGGAAAACCAUCCUGAAAGAAGUUCAAGAUGGUUGUGCAGCUGUGCUGACAUCUCACAGUAUGGAAGAAUGUGAAGCCCUCUGCACACGGCUUGCUAUUAUGGUCAAUGGAGCUUUCAAGUGUCUCGGUUCUCCUCAGCACAUUAAAAACAGGUUUGGAGAUGGUUAUUCCAUCAAGGUUUGGCUUAGCAAAGAAAUAAACUAUGGAAAGGUCAUUUUGGAUUGUCUACAACUUCAUUUUCCUGGAACACGUUUUAAGGGACAGCAUCUUAAUCUGCUCGAGUACCAUGUACCACAAAGUCAGGGAUGCUUAGCAGAGCUCUUCAGAGUCCUAGAGAAUCACAAAACUUUUCUCCAAAUCAAGCACUACUCCAUCAGCCAAACUACUUUAGAGCAGGUAUUUAUUAAUUUUGCUACACAACAGCAAGAAGUCUUGCAUCCUACACAAGAAUCUCCCACCAUUCUCCGUGACCACCUGCCAGUCUAG